AUGUCGGCGAAGAUUGAGUUGAAUGUGUCGCCACCGCUAGCAGCCACAUGUACUCCGCCAAAUGUGCCUGGGGAUAAUCCAAAGGCUGAUCACAAACCAAGUUGUGGACCAGAAGGGAGCAAGAUACAUCACAGAUACCUUGUGGAUGUUGAUGGAGUCAGGGACAGAAGAGGUCAAGAUCCUACAGUCAGUCACGCUGCUGUUGACUACCAACACUGUCGUACAUGGGGAUACACUAGCCAGGAUGUGCCUGGGAUAAUCCAAAGGCUGAUCACAAACCAAGUUGUGGACCAGAAGGGAGCAAGAUACAUCACAGAUACCUUGUGGAUGUUGAUGGAGUCAGGGACAGAAGAGGUCAAGAUCCUACAGUCAGUCACGCUGCUGUUGACUACCAACACUGUCGUACAUGGGGAUACACUAGCCAGGAAUUUAGUCCUGUGCUUCCGCCUUCACUUCACCAAAGACUCCACAACGAUAAACACAGCAGGGGCCACUGUGAGACAGUUGGUUUCUCUGGUGUUUGAACGAGUCAUUGCCGAGGAUGAACAUUUCAAGACGCAGGACACUCCAGCCGUCGAGGUCAACUUUGAGGAGCUCAAGAUCCCUCGCAAUGUUGCCCCAAAAGGCCUACGUCCCUGUGCUGGCGAUGCUUACCUAAUGUUUCAAGAUUUAGUGCAACUAGUCAAUGCAGAUCAGCCGUUUUGGUUGGUUGGGAUGACAGAAAUGACAAGGACCUUCGGUUUAGAGCUGCUAGAGUCAGUUCUCACAAAUUUUUCUUCUGUAUUCUUCAAGCACCCGGAGUUCAGUUUUCUUCUGAAGGAGAGAGUGUGUGCAUUGGUGAUUAAGUUGUUUUCUCCAAAUAUUAAAUACCGCAACUCAAUGCCAGCAAGCGUACAACAGGCAACGCCACAUGACAAACCGUAUUUCCCCAUCAGUGUUCGCCUUUUACGAGUAGUGUCUGUACUUAUACAGAAGUACCAUAGUCUACUGAUAACAGAGUGUGAGAUCUUCCUCUCGCUGAUAGUCAAGUUCCUGGACCCAGACAAGCCCAUGUGGCAGCGUUCUCUCGCUCUGGAGGUGCUACACAAACUAGUUGUACAACCAGAACUACUCAACGCCUUCUGUGAGUGUUACGACCUCAAGACCCACACGACCAAUAUCUUCCAGGACAUUGUCAACUCCCUGGGAGCCUAUGUCCAGUCCCUCUUCAUGAAUCAGCUGAUGAACCAAUCAUCCCUAGGAGGUAACAUCAGUAAUGCCCAAGGCCAACCCCCAGCACUACUUGCAGGGAUGCCUGUAGGCCCAGGGGUCUCUCCUCAGCCAGGGUUCUUCUCCAGAGGGGUCUGGCUACCUGUGGUCAUCACCUUUCCUAGUGGACAAGCCAAAUCUACAUACUUGGAAAUGAUGGAUAAAAUAGAGCCACCAGCCAUCCCUGAUGGUUACGGCAUUUCAGUGGCCUAUGCUUGUUUAAUGGACAUCAUCAGAAGCAUAUCCAUGCUAGUCAACACUGAGGAAGGUGAAGGGGGGAAAGUGACGGAUGGAUCAGAGGCAGACACUCGUCUUCAUGUUCAACUGAUCAACUCCAGUUGGUGCGGUUUACUUGCAGCUCUUAGUCCUCUCAUUGAUGCAAGCACUGAUGAGACUACUUCAGAGAACGUAUUGAAGGCGAUUCAAACAUUUGCCAGCAUCUGUGGAAGGCUGGACCUUCAGACUCCCAGGGAUGCAUUUAUCACAGCAAUCUGCAAAGCAUCACUGCCUCCUCACUACACACUAACAGUGCUGAACGCUCACCUCGGCAUUGGCUACAGGAACUCGGGUGCUAGUGACAUGAACAUACAAUACAACAUGGGCAUGUAUGGCAGUGAGAUGGACUACAAACAACAAGUAGUAGCAGUGGGGACUCCUCUACCAACUACCUCCCUACCUCUCGGUGCCCACCAGGGUCCUGUCAUGUUGACUGCCAAGAACCUACAGUGUAUGAGGGCGUUACUGAGUCUCGCCCACUGUCACGGUAGCAUCCUGGGCUCAUCAUGGCAUCUGGUUCUCACCACACUACAGCACCUAGUGUGGAUUCUGGGUCUAAAGCCCUCUACAGGGGGUAGUCUCAAGGCUGGCCGAGGUACAACUGACUCCAACGCUGUCAUAACCACAGCUGUCAUGGCAGACCUCCCUGUACUCUCUGCAAUGCUCAGUCGUCUGUUCGAGUCCAGCCAGUUUCUCAAUGAUGUUGCUCUGCACCAUCUCAUUGAUGCUCUGUGCAAACUCUCCCACGAGGCUAUGGAACUGGCUUAUUGCAACAGAGAACCAUCUUUAUUUGCAGUAGCCAAGCUGCUAGAGACAGGGUUGGUGAAUCUACCAAGGGUUGAAGUGUUGUGGCGACCUCUGACCAACCAUUUACUGGAGGUGUGUCAACAUCCUCACAUCCGCAUGAGGGAGUGGGGCGUGGAGGCCAUCACGUACUUAGUCAAGGCGGCUCUCCAGCACAAGUACCAACCACCGCUGAAAGACAAUCAGAAACUACAAACAUUGCUGUUGGGACCUUUAUCAGAGCUGUCGUCAGUACCUCACGGAGACGUGAGACAGCGUCAGCUAGAGUGUGUGUUACAAGUUCUGCAUGGCUCAGGAGAGACCCUAUCACAUGGCUGGCCACUGGUGCUGACUAUCAUUGGUGCAGUCAGUGAUCAGCAUGGGGAAAACUUGAUUCGUGUGGCAUUCCAGUGCUUGCAGCUAGUGGUGACUGACUUCCUGCCGUUGAUGCCUUGGAGAUGUUUGCCACUGUGCCUAGAAACUACUUCAAAGUUUGGGUCUCAGACUCAAGAGCUGAACAUUUCACUCACUGCCAUAGGUCUGAUGGUAGGAGUUAGACCCCUUUCGACACCUAGUAGCAUCGGUUCACCCCCAAGAUGA